UGUCAGUAUUGCCAAAAUAUAAGAUUAGUAUGUGGGAGUUGUAAAUUAAAAAUUAAAUUUGUUUGUACUUUGUGGUUCCUUUAAAAUUAAUAAUUAAUAAACAUUCCCGAUGUCUUCGAGUACUUCUACACGUUCCAGACACUCCUACGGAGUGUUAGCAAAAGUGAAGAUAUCAGAAUUAAAAAAAAUUAAUGUGUCUAUUAAAAGAAGAGACAUUCUAAAUCCACAGCCUCUACUUAAAGUUGAUAUAGUAAGGGAGAUAGAUGACCCUAGAGCUGUUCUACCGUUGGUACACAUAAAGAAGGAUCACAUACCGCAAAGAUGGACGUCCAUUUUUGACAGAGACGAUGUACUAGCCAAUCAAAUUGAACUUUCACCUAUCCGCAAAGACCGCGAACGCCCGUCUCGUACCAGCAGCCCAUCGAAUUCGCCGUGCUCAGCGCAUUGUUCCAGAAGAAAAUCGACUACCAGAUCGAUAAGUUCGAACAGAAGAACAACGAGAGAUCGAGGAAGCACUGAUAGGCGAAGCUAUUCGCCCAAAUACAAAAGUAAAUAUGCGAGACGUAGAAGCAGAGAUAGAAGUUUCGACCGGGAACGAUACGAUAGAACGAGAAGGAGUUUCGAUAGACGGUCUUCCAGGCAACGAAGCGUCGAUAGGGCUUCAUCGAGAAGAGAUAGGAGCUUGGAUCGAAGAAAUGCCGCUGAUAGGCGAGACUCCCGCGAAAGAACGAACAGAAGUUCGAGCGCAGAUAGAAGAAGAUACAGUAGACGUGAAAGUAGAGAUAGAAGCGUGGAUAGAGAAUCUUUAAAGCGCAGAAGCGUGGAUAGAGGUUACUCGCCUAGAAGGACUAGAAAUAGAGACUCGUCGAGACGAAGAAGCGCGGAUAAAGCUUCGUCGGUAAGAGAUAGGAGUGUAGAUCGAAGGAAUACCGUGGAUAGGCGACGGUCUCCUAGUAGAACGAGUAGGGAACGAUACAGAAGUAGAAGUCGGGGUAGAGAGCGUUCACGUAAAAAAGACUAUCAGACUAGACGUGACAGUAGAGAGGGAAGCCGAGAUGGACGUAGAACGGUGGACAAGAGCAGCUCGUCUAAAACGAUAACCACUGAAGCGGGUGGAAGUAGAAGUGCCGAUAGAUACGGAAAACGAAGGAGAUCGAUAACGCCGCUAAAGCCCGGAGAAUAUCGACCAAAUCAUCCGGAUUUGAAAAGGAAGCUGUUUGACCGAGAAACCACUGAUAGAAAUAGUACAACUCAAAAGAUUCAAACGUCGACUUCCGAUAGAAGCCGAGGGGACAGCAGAUCCAGGAGGCCCAGCAGUUCGCCGGGACGGUACAGACGAAGGAGUAGAUCACCACGGCCUCCGGAAAUAUCGCCCAGUCCAAGGUCGAGGGAGUAUGAAAGGGGUAGACGGCGCAGAAGGAGCAGGACACCUCCGGCGAUUGAUAUACCGCUAUACGGGGAUCCCAACAUCGAUUACGGCUAUUACGAGGGCAUCCCAGGCGCCGAAUUCUGGUUGCAUCCCGGAAUCCGUCCGGGUUUCCCGAUGCCCAGAUUCUAUCCGCCGGCUUUUUAUCCUAGAGGGAUUCGUCCGGUGGGUCCUGUGAUUUACCCGCCUCGCUUCCCAUUCAUACCGCCGAUGAUUCGACAAAGGUUGCCGGUAUACAACAAUAGGCAGAAACUUAAAAUAAUGCCGAUGGCUGCCGAAGAAGGGGAAGGGGAAGCGGCACGGGCGGUCGAGGAAGGUACGGUCAAUGAAGAAAGAGCCGAGAGUGGUCAAGGGAAAAAUGAAGACGGAGCUGAUGCUGGUACUACCGUCGAUGAGUCAAAUUAAGAUAUGUUAUUUUCAUAUUAAAAUAAGUGGUUGUAAAUAAAUAUUGUCGUUUUG